ACAGAUACUGAACUUUGUCAGGAUUUCAAAACUAUAUGGUUGUGUUGCAUGUAUGCGUUUCUCUCUGUGUUUGUGUAUUUUAUGCUGGAGGUUUCUCCAUUCAUUCGGGAUGAAGUUGGGAUUUAGUGGUGGAAUAUUUUGAGAAUUUGAAUUAUUUUGUAAAAUAAAAACUUUUAGGAAGUUUUCCAGAAUGAUAUGUAAUCAGAUGAAUCUUGUUUCUUAACUUCUUUAACAUUUUUUUUAACUUGUCAGCUCUCAAAUACUUUAGAGUUAGAUAUUUUCCCUUUGGUUGCUCUAAACAGGCGCAAGUUUUAAUCCUAUCUCACCAGUGACUUGGUUUGAUGUUAAGAGAUUAAAAUAUAAACUCAGAAGAGGCAGGAAAUAAAACUUAACAAAUCCAAAUCUAGAGAGCCAGUCUGUGCUAGACAGACAGGUGGUAAGAGCUCCCUGUUUCUUGGAUAUUUGGACCGUUUUCCAUCCUGCCUUUCAAAGAUAUUAUUCUUUGUAACAGGGCCAAGCCUCUGUAGUGUAACACUAUGCAGCCAGGGAUUGCGGUCUAUUCUAGACAUGCUGCAGAUGGAUGGAUUGUGUGAUGUAAGAGUCUAUUUUGUUCCUGCGUUCCACCAAACACUCGCCAGGGUAACACUGUACCCCCUCAACCCUGGUUCAGAAACAUUUUCUGUCUCUCUGCUUCUUUGUUUUAUCAGUCUGUCUCACGAAGUUCACACUCAGGCUCUUGAAACUAAGACUAAUCAUAGACAUGAACUGGAUGCAUGGCACACGGAGCUGACAGAUCAAAUGCAUGGUUGCUCUCAUAGACUUCAAGUUUGUAUCUUAAUGUGGACUGUGGGAAAAACACAUUGCCAGUUUCUGGGGGAUGUUUUAUGACUUAGAAAUUGGGUGUAGGUGUUGUAGUGUGCCAUGCUGCGGUGGUCACAUUUGGCCAUGUACCCACCACAGCAUGGAUGACCUGUGAGGAGAAACCAGUUUUGUUAACAGGCUGGAAUGAAGGGCUCAGACUCGCUGGCAUUGUCUGUUACAGCCUGACGCCAACAUCAGUAGUGACCUCAGAGCGCCCAUCCAUCCGUCUGUCCACCCAUUUUGUUAACCAGUUAUUCAGCAAGGGCUGCAAGGGCUUACAAGGAUAACACACUAUAUCAUCCACAGCUAAGGCCAGUAUAAAAUCACCAGUUACUCUGAUAUUCUUUGAGCUGUGGGAGGAAACCUACACAGCCACUGGGAGAUUAUGUUUGCUCUUCACACAGAAGGGAGAUCCCACUGAAGGUGUGAUUGGUUUUAUGUUUGCAGGCUAAAACAUCUUGGAAAAAGACCUUUAGAAUUUGUUUACCUUAGACAAAUAGAUCUAUUCUGAUUGUUGUUUUGGUUGGACAGAUCGUUUUUUAUGUUCUCACUGUGCCUUGAAACAUGAAUGAAUUGCAUCUUUCAGACGCGUUGCUGGCAGACCUGGAAUCUACUACAUCCCACAUCUCAAAGCGACCUGUAUUCUUGCCCGACGAGACGCCCUACUCCAUCCCUACAGGAGGACAGCCCUACCAAGAUGUUACACUUCCACCUCCGGUCCCUCCUCCACCUUCAGCUGAAGCUCUGAACGGGUCCCUGAGAGAUCAGCCUGAUUCCCACCACUCCUCUCAGCAGUCACUGGGUUCGGCACAGAAGAGCUCAUGGUCAAGGGACAGUAGCAGUUCUCCAUUAUCUCACAUUGAAGAGGACCACGUGUACAGUUUCCCAAACAAACAGAAGACAUCAGAUUCCUCUACAACAGCCAUGACUUCUGCGUUGGGCAGUAAUCUGUCAGAGCUUGACAGGCUUCUGCUGGAACUUAAUGCUGUGCAACAGAGCUCCCCUUCAUUUCCCACUACAGAGGAGGCAGCUCCUCCCUUGCCAUCCUGCAGCAUCACUCACUACGAGAACGGCGGCACACCUGACAUCUUGGUAAGCCCACCACCUCAGGAGAAACCAAAGAGGAAUGGGAGGAUGGAGGACGCCCGACCUACUGUGGAAAGUCUGCUGGAUGAGCUGGAAGGCUCGGUGCCUUCACCCAGCCCCUCCACUCGCCACAGUGACUUGGACACAUCCUCUCAACAGCAGGCCAGAAUUUCAGCUUCCUGUGCCACCAGAGAGCUCGAUGAGUUGAUGGCCUCUUUGUCUGACUUCAAGCCUAGCUCUUUAGGCUCUCUGCUUGAACCAGCAGGAGCAUCUUCCAGCUCUUGCCACACUCCAAUGUCCUCUUCCAUUUCCCCCAUGGCUUCUCCUUCCUUGAGUCUGUCUCAUCCGUCUGCCUGUGCCUCUCCUCUCUUCUCUUUACCUGCUGGGCUAGAGCUACAUAUAGAUGAGGAUGGAGGAGAUGGUGGCAUGUUGAGACCCCACCCUAGCCAUCUCUCUCCACACAGUCCUACAUCCUCAUAUUCUGCAACCAGUGAGCUAGACCUGGACUCUGUCAUAGAUGUCUCUGCCAUCAUGCUAUCAUCUCAAACCAAGUCUCUGCUAGUCCUCUCUCAGUCUGCUUCCUCUAACUCCAACCUGCUAAGAAGUAGCCCAAGUCCUUCCAAUACCACUACCCCUUCACUUACCUCAGUUAUCACUGUCCUGGAUCACAAGUCCUCCAAGUCCCCAAGUCCAUCUGUAGAACGGGUCUCACCCUCAGCUUCUGGAGGUAAAUCCUCCUGUGCUCCUGAGAGUGUAAGCAAGGGUUCUCCUUGUUUUUAUGAUCUCGAUGUCAGUUUCUCCUCUUCGUCUUUACCUACAACCCAAAACUUCACCCCUCAGGUCUCAGCCCCCUCACCCCUCCCCGUUUUUGUCUCUCUGUCUUCACCUUCAAAAACAUCCUCACCAUCUCCAGUCUCGCCACUAAUAGUCUCUUCUCCAAUGGCCUUUAAUAACCACAACAGACAGUUGCUGGAGACACCACCUGCAACCCAUACAACCACCAACUUCACUGUACAGCAACCCCCUGUGGUAGAGCCAUCCCUGGAUGAGGCACUAGACAAGCUUCUAGCAAUGAGUUUUUCACAAAAUCACACAAUGGCGAAUGUGGAUGGACCUCAGCUGAAGAAUGAUGCAGAGUGUCUUGGCAGAGGAAUGCAGGAGGUGCACGAGGAGCUCAUCCUACCCUUGGACAGAAGCAGCGUCCAGCCAGACACUUUCACCAACACUUUUACAGACGAUUCAGUGGACGGAGGCACAGAUGGGAAUGGAGACCUGGACUGGGCAGACGAAGAGCUGUCCAUGUCCUUACAUGACGGUCUGGAUGGCACCAUGACCCCUUACACUGAGAGGCUCUAUACAGAUGGCAGCAUGACCCCACUGACAGAGGCCAGCUGGAUGGAUGAGUCCAUGACCCCAUCAUCAUGCCCCGGGACCCCUGACGUCACCCUGGACCUGCCCCUGCUUCAGACUCCCACUAUAGACAGAGUCUCAGCAUCUGGACAUAUAAAAUCAGUUAUUAGGCGCACUAAGGAGACUCCCAAUGUGCACCCCAUGUACCGAGAGGCUCACCUGCGCAGGAAGAUGGGACCCAUCAUUGUAAACAAGAACUCCUCCCAGGACCGUCUCAUAGAAGAGCUUCAGGGUAAGCUUGGGAUCGGCCGCUCAGAACGGAGGCGCAAACAGUCCGAUGAUUGGCUGACGGAGGGUGUCAUCGUCACGUCCAAACCUCAGCGAUAUCGUCCCGAUGGGGCGGGCAGUGAGGUCGACAAGAUCAUAAUUCCCCCCGAGUCUCCUGUCCCUGUGAGGAAGGUGCUGCCACCUCCCUCUCCCCCUACCCCUCGUCGCCCCCCUGUCAUAGAAGAACCUAAGCAACCCCUCCCUGUACAGCACCCCCCUGUCCCAAUACCACCCCCACCUCCUCCACCUCCUUCACCACCUCCACAACGUACCCACCACAUUCACGAACCAGUUGCUGCUCCACCUCGGCAGUUCAUAAAAGCCUCACCUCCACCGGCUCCAGUCCAGAACCCUUCUACACCUAAACCAGAGCCGCCUCCUCCUGUCCUAAAAACCCCAACCCAGCCACCAACAGUGGACUCGGUUCCCCCAGUUGCACCCAAAGUCCUGGUCUCUGUAGGCUGCCAAACUGAGUAUGACCCCAUCUUCCCUCCAAUGCAGAUUAUGGCCCAAGGGAAGGGUGGUGUCUCCGGUGGACCCCCGACACAGGUCAACAAGCUGGACAACAUGCUUGGCAGCCUGCAGUCUGACCUCAACAAACUGGGCGUGCAGACAGUCGCUAAAGGAGUUUGCGGAGCCUGCUGUAAGCCGAUUGUGGGACAGGUGGUGACCGCCAUGGGCCGCACAUGGCACCCCGAACACUUUGUGUGCACACACUGUCAAGAGGAAAUCGGCUCCAGGAACUUUUUUGAACGUGAAGGACAGCCUUACUGUGAGAAGGAUUACCACAAUCUGUUCUCUCCGCGGUGCUACUACUGCAACGGGCCCAUACUGGAUAAAGUUGUGACGGCGCUGGAUAGGACAUGGCAUCCCGAACACUUCUUCUGCGCUCAGUGUGGCUCUUUCUUUGGCCCUGAGGGUUUUCAUGAAAAGGAUGGAAAGGCAUACUGCAGGAAAGAUUACUUUGACAUGUUUGCACCGAAAUGCGGCGGCUGUGCCAGAGCCAUUCUGGAAAAUUACAUCUCAGCUCUGAACUGUCUUUGGCAUCCCGAGUGUUUUGUUUGCAGGGAGUGCUUCACCCCAUUUGUGAAUGGAAGCUUUUUUGAGCACGAUGGCCAACCCUACUGUGAAGUGCACUACCACGAGCGCCGCGGCUCCCUCUGCUCCGGCUGCCAGAAGCCCAUCACGGGGCGCUGCAUCACAGCCAUGUCCAAGAAGUUUCACCCGGAGCAUUUUGUCUGUGCCUUCUGCCUGAAACAGCUCAACAAAGGCACCUUUAAAGAGCAAAACGACAAACCCUACUGCCACGGCUGCUUCAUCAAGCUGUUCAGUUAGAGAGUUAGGGGGAACGUUUAACACUGGCACACUUGGGUCAGGGCUAAAAUGAGAGUCUGAAGCAUUUCUAGCACAGGGAGAGUGAGAACGGGUUUAGUUUGUAUCGCAGGAAGCGGUCUCUGGAUGAUGGCGUUGGAAGUGUGUAUGGGCUAAGUAUGUGCAUGUGGUUGAAGCGGUGUGCUGCUUCGGCCAGACUAAAUGUUUUUCACGUCAUUCAGAAUUUUUUUUUUUUUUUAGAUUGACAGCAGUUUAUUUGUGAAGCUUUUUAUGUGUUGUGAGCGGGUGACUAUAUCGGAUGAAGGUAUAUUCGGUCUUUAAAGGAAAAUCUUUUUCCCCCCCUCCAAGACAGCAACUUUUCUCCCAGUCUACUUAGAUGUGCUGAAACAAGCAGCUGUCUUGUUUGUUUUGAGUGUGUAUGUAUGUGUAUGUGUGUAACCCUCAAAUCGUUUUAUUUUUUAUCUUUUUAGAAGGUGAUAAAUUGUUACUAAGCACACUGAAACUCUGAUCUAUGAAAUGCUCGGUGUGUGGUAAAGUUACUCACUGGUUGAGUGCGUCAUUUUAGAAAUCAAAACAAUGAACAUAUGGCAGGGAACAGGUGACCUGUUGUUUUUACACAAUAUAAACUUUUUUAAACAAAUGAUCAGGAUAAAAGGCCUUUUACAUUCUCUCCUCCCUAGUAUAAAGUCAGAUAAGACACAUCUUUAUAUAACUGAUAGAGUUGUGUUUUAUGGUGAAAUGCAUCUUUAGUGUCCCUUGACCAGAAACCCCUUUCUAGUAUGUCAUAUUUUAAUUAAAGGUGCAUACUGUGUUACAAAGCAGUCAAGGGCAAACUGAGCAUGGAUUAAUAUUUGACUCAGCAGUCACUGCGGUGUUCACUCUUCAUUACAUGUGCUGCCAAAUCAUUCCUUUUGGUUCCUCUGAAUUAAAGCGAGUCUAAAAGCAGUUUGUUGGAUUUGCCUCGUACAGUAAACUGAAGCUGCACAGAGAUAUUGGGAGUACAGUGUUUUUGUGCUACACUACCCUUACUGUUUCUGAGUACAUCCUGAGAAUUUUUGUUGUUGUUUUUUGUACAUGUCCAAUGCAGCUACAUUGUAAGCAUGUACAUGUGUUUAAUAACCACUCGUUAAAAGAAGGAAAGGGCUGCUUGGAAGGCAUAGCGGAGAUAUUUGGAUGUCUUUGCUGAUAUUACUGUAUCGAGAAGCUGAUGAAUGUUUGUUUUUGAGAGAAUGCAAACCGUACACACAACUUGCCUGUGAUAUUCCGAUAACUAUGCAACUGUGGAUUAACAGCUUUGUAUUUCAGCAUCAGCAUCUAUUUCUUAGGCUGUCUGUGCCAUUGUAUCAUGUCUAAUAACACUGGCAAAUUCAGCAAAAAAUACUGAGAGCAGGUCAAGAGUCCGCUGUUCUGUUUUCAUGUUAUUAGUCUGUGAGUUUGUAAAAAUGAGAGCCUGGUGGUCUGCUAGAAUAACUGGUAGGACUAGGAUGACUCGUCUCCCUCAGCGUCUGAGUAGCAUCUACUGUAUGACCACCAGGUUGGGGUUCUGUACAUGGUUAUUCAUACACAGCAGACAGAUUUGGCCUUUUGUCUUGUUCAGGGAAUUCUAGAGCCUUAAUUCUUUCUUUUUUUUUCUCACUGUAUUUAAGAUAUCCUGUAACAGUCGUCUUUUCAAAAUGACUUUCGUAGAGGUUAUUUAACCAAAGCCAUACCUUCUUUCAGUUUUUCUUGUCUGUUCACUUUGUUUUUUCUUUUCACUUUGAAUGUCAAUAGAUACAAAUAGUGAGAUUCCUCUGUUCUAGCCUGAUUAUGCCAAUAAAUUCAGUUUUGGUAUCAAAAUGUCA